UUUCAACGGUAGUAAACAAAAGAGAAAACCCCCAAUUAUAUAUUCCAAAUGAUUUAACAUAACCAUCUGUCAUACAUACAUACACAUCAACUAUACAUACAUACACACACACAGAUUCAAACUCUUCAAUCGAACAACAACAACAUCAUGAUGAUUUCAGACGCCAUUGAAGACGAAGACAAAUGGCUAGCUGAAGGAAUCGCCGGAAUUCAACACAACGCCUUCUACAUGCAUCGCGCUUUGGAUUCUGAUAAUCUCAGAGAAGCCCUAAAAUACUCUGCACAGUUGUUGUCUGAGCUUCGGACUUCACGAUUAUCGCCUCAUAAAUACUACGAGCUCUAUAUGAGAGCAUUCGAUGAGUUGAGAAAGUUGGAAAUGUUUUUUAAGGAAGAAGAAAGACAUGGUUGUUCAGUGAUGGACUUGUAUGAACUUGUCCAGCAUGCUGGAAAUGUUUUACCAAGAUUGUAUCUCCUAUGUACAGUAGGGUCUGUUUACAUAAAGUCGAAGGAGGCUCCUGCUAAGGAUGUACUGAAAGACCUUGUUGAAAUGUGUCGUGCGGUCCAGCAUCCCAUACGUGGGCUAUUUCUUAGGAGUUAUCUUGCACAAAUUAGUAGAGAUAAGCUUCCAGAUAUUGGUUCUGAAUAUGAAGGAGAUGGUGAUACUGUCAUGGACGCUGUAGAGUUUGUGCUGCAAAAUUUUUCAGAGAUGAAUAAACUUUGGGUUCGGAUGGAGCUUCAGGGACCUGCUAGGGUGCGAGACAAAAUGGAAAAGGAGCGGAACGAGCUGCGUGAUCUUGUUGGUAAAAAUCUUCAUGUUCUUAGUCAGAUAGAGGGUAUUGACCUUGAUUUGUACAAAGAAACCGUUCUUCCCAGGGUCUUGGAGCAGGUUGUCAACUGUAAGGAUGAGCUGGCACAGUAUUAUCUAAUGGACUGCCUGAUUCAGGUGUUUCCAGAUGAGUAUCACUUACAGACUCUUGAAACCCUUUUAGGAGCUUGUCCUCAGCUCCAGCCUACUGUUGACAUCAAGACAGUAUUAUCCCAACUUAUGGAGAGACUAUCGAGUUAUGCUGCUUCUAGUCCCGAAGUCCUACCAGAAUUCCUCCAAGUAGAAGCGUUUGCAAAAUUAAGCGCUGCUAUUGGGAAGGUUAUUGAAACUCAGGGUGACAUGCCGGUUGUUGGAGCCAUCACUUUGUAUGUUUCUCUUCUCACAUUUACUCUUCGUGUUCAUCCUGAUCGGCUUGAUUAUGUGGAUCAAGUGCUGGGAUCAUGUGUCAAGAUACUUUCUAACAAACCAAAGCUUGAAGAUAGUAGAGCUACAAAACAAGUUGUUGCCCUUUUGAGUGCACCGCUGGAGAAAUAUAGUGAUAUCGUCACUUCUUUGACAUUAUCUAAUUAUCCCCGAGUCAUGGAUCACCUUGAUAGCGGAACUAAUAAAAUCAUGGCUAUGGUUAUUAUCCAAAGUAUAAUGACAAACCAAGCUUGUGUAUCAUCUGCUGACAAGGUUGACGUUCUUUUUGAAUUAAUUAAAGGGCUUAUUAAGGAUCUGGAGGGAGAUUCAGACGAUGAGCUUGAUGAGGAGGAUUUUAAUGAAGAACAAAAUUCUGUUGCUCGUGUUAUACAUGUGCUAUAUAAUGAUGACCCAGAGGAGAUGUUGAAGAUUAUUUGCACUGUGCGAAAGCAUAUCAUGACUGGAGGCCCAAAACGUCUUCCUUUUACGGUUCCUCCUCUUGUGUUUUCUGCUUUGAAGCUUAUCCGUCGAUUGCAAAAUCAAGAUGGAGAUGUAGCUGGGGAAGAGGAUCCAGCAACACCUAAGAAAAUUUUCCAGCUCUUAAAUCAGACGAUUGAGGCACUUUCAUAUGUUCCAUCACCUGAAUUGGCAUUGAGGUUAUACUUACAAUGUGCAGAGGCUGCCAAUGACUGUGAUCUGGAACCAGUUGCUUAUGACUUCUUCACUCAAGCAUUUGUUUUAUAUGAAGAAGAAAUAGCAGAUUCCAAAGCCCAGGUGACUGCAAUCCACCUAAUAAUCGGAACCCUACAGAGAACAAAUGUUUUCGGUGUGGAAAACAGGGAUACCUUGACACAUAAAGCCACAGGGUAUUCAGCUAAGCUUUUGAAAAAGCCCGAUCAAUGCAGGGCGGUUUAUGCGUGUUCGCAUUUGUUUUGGGUGGAUGAUCAAGAUGGAAUAAAAGAUGGAGAAAGGGUUCUCCUUUGCCUUAAACGUGCAUUAAGGAUUGCAAAUGCUGCACAACAAAUGGCAAAUGUUACUCGCGGUAGUAGUGGGCCCGUUACUCUCUUUGUUGAAAUACUUAACAAGUACCUCUACUACUUUGAAAAGGGAAAUCCACAGAUCACAAGUGCUGCAAUCCAAGGGCUGAUAGAGCUCAUCAAAACAGAGAUGCAGAGUGACACUGCCACACCUGAUCAAAUCUCGGAUGCUUUUUUUGCUUGUACCUUAAGGUACAUACAGUUUCAAAAACAGAAAGGUGGAGCAAUGGGUGACAAGUUUGAUACUAUCAAGGUGUGAUUUUUUUUUUUCUUUUUUUUAAACUUGAUUUUAUUUACCUUUUUUUUGUUAAUAUAUAAAUAUCAGAAAAGCAAUUUGGUGUGAAUUUUUUGUUGUUUACAUUACAGUAUUGUAUGUUGUUUUUGCUUCACUUGGUUUGUAUAUUUUUUUAGUAUUUCAAGAAAAAGUAAUGUGAUUUUUAUUUUGUA